UUGUUCAACAAGCCUCAUUAUAACGGUUUCAACAGCUGAUCAUCAGCUGAUUAUUUGUUUUGAUUCCCUCAGUUCCCCUCAAGUGCUCAGCUGAUGUACAUAAAUGUCAGCUGUUCAUCCUUCUUCGGAUUUCCUCCUGGGAGGAAUAGCCUCCAUGGGAGCAACUGUCUUCACAAAUCCACUAGAGGUGAUCAAAACAAGAAUUCAGCUUCAGGGGGAACUGGCAGCUCGAGGAACCUACGUUGAGCCCUACAGAGGGAUCCUGCAGUCAUUGAUAACAGUUGCCAAGCACGAUGGGAUUGCUGGUUUACAGAAAGGUUUAGUUCCUGCAACUUGUUUUCAGUUUGUUCUAAAUGCUUUCAGAUUGGGCAUCUAUAAUAUGGCCGUUGAGGCUGGCUGGACGAAAUCUUCAAAGGGAAGGGAGUCUUUCGCCAGAAAUCUCUUCUGGGGAGCUACGGGUGGUGUUGCCGGAGCUGUUCUCUCAUCACCCUUCUUCAUGAUUAAAACCCAUUUGCAAUCCCAGGCUGCAAAAGCAAUUGCUGUGGGGCAUCAGCACAAACAUACAGGCAUGUCACAUGCUUUUGCAGAGAUAUAUCGUGCCCAUGGAUUUAGUGGACUCUAUCGUGGUGUUCUAGUCACUAUUCCACGUGCCAUCCUCGGAAGUGGAGGACAACUAGCGACAUUUGGAGUGACCAAAGACAUGAUAAGGCGCCAUUUGGAGAUUCAGAAUCCCCUUUGGGUGUCUCUACUGGCAGGAAUGCUCGCCGGAACUGUGAUGGCCAUGACAAUUACACCUCCCGAUGUAAUUGCCACGCGGCUAUUCAACCAGGGUGUGGAUGAGAAGGGACAAGGUCUUUACUAUCGCGGUGUAAUUGAUUGUCUUGUCAAAGUUGUAAAAACUGAGGGUAUUUAUGGGCUAUACAAAGGAUUCUGGGCAACGUAUUUUCGCAUAGGUCCUCAUGCUACGCUAGUGCUUAUGUUCUUCGAUCAAAUGGUCAUGUACAGGAAAGAAUAUUUUGGAAAUACCUCCUAGUCCUUGUGAUAUUACAUAUAUGUAGUAAAUUCUUGUUUUAGCAAAUACAAAUUCUAAGAUUGCCA